UGCGUGCUACACUGGACCGUGUGCGCGGGCAUUGCUCUAAUCGUGCUUCCGGCCGACCGCGAGAACCCGAUUCCGUCGGCGCCAGUACCACCACCCAUCCGGCAGCAGGUCACCCCGAGCGCCACCGAUGGCUUCCGGUGGUAGCAGCGGAACGAGCAAAAGUAAUGAUGACUCGAAAUGGUACUUUACUGCCGAGCAGCUCGCCACCUCACCGAGCCGCAAGUGCGGCAUGGAUGCGGACCAGGAGCUUAUGUACAGACAGCGGGCAGCCAACCUGAUACAGGACAUGGGCCAGCGGUUGCAAGUCUCUCAGCUAUGCAUAAAUACGGCCAUCGUAUACAUGCACCGUUUCUACGCAUUUCACUCAUUCACCCAGUUCCACCGGAACAGCAUCGCUGCGGCUGCCCUAUUCCUUGCAGCAAAGGUCGAAGAACAGCCGCGGAAGCUGGAGCACAUCAUAAAGGUGGUGCACAUAUGCUUGUGCCUCGAGGCGCCGGACCCGAUGCGCGAGAGCUACGCCGAACAGGCGCAGGACUUAGUGUUUAAUGAAAAUGUACUUCUGCAAACGUUGGGCUUCGACGUUGCCAUCGACCAUCCACACACGCACGUCGUGAAAACUUGUCACCUUGUAAAAGCUUCCAAAGAUUUGGCACAGACAUCCUACUUCAUGGCAUCCAAUAGCUUACACCUUACAACCAUGUGCCUCCAGUACAAACCGACGGUAGUUGCCUGCUUCUGCAUUCACCUGGCUUGCAAAUGGUCCCGCUGGGAGAUUCCGCAGUCGAACGAAGGUCGCCACUGGUUUCACUACGUUGACAAGACGGUGACGCUCGAUCUGCUGAAGCAGCUGACGGACGAGUUCUUGCACAUAUUCGAUCGGUGUCCAACGCGAUUGAAAAGCAAGAUGAAAUCGAUUCGAGCUGACCAGGUGCCGGAGGAAUCCGGACGACGCACGGGUAGCAGUAGUAGUGGCAGUAAUGCCAUUAUGCCAGCCCCAUCAUCGUCUUCCGUGCCGCGUGGUGUCGACGAGGGAAGUAGCUCCUCAUCGGUCGCCUCUAGUCAUCACCGUCCCACGUCCACAUCGUCCUCCUCCCAUCCGCAUUCGAAGCAGGGUUCAAACUCCGAUCAAAUGAAGCAACAACACAAGAUUCCAUCAUCGUCCGGUUCGAGCAGCAGAUCGGGUCGCUCGGAACGACCGCCCCAAUCGUCGUCAUCCAGUUCCUCGGGACAGCAGCAACAUUACGGUAGCGGCUCUAGCAGCAACAAAGGGCAACCGUCACUCUCCGGUCAUCGUUCCGCCGGGGGGUUGCAGCAACCAACGGUAGCGAAUUCCGGCUCAUCGAAUUCAUCCUCCCAACGGGCACCCGGCUAUGGUGGGGCGCACGAAGGGGGCAAAAAUCGACAACCUGCCAUGAUGGGAUCCGCGGGAGGAGCAAACGUUCCUGCUUCAGUUCCAGGCGGUGGUUCAUCGGCAUCAUCGGCCGGUGCCGCUUCAUCCAUGCAUUCCGGGUACAAUCAGAUCAAAGCCGAUCGUCACAGUAGUAGUAGCGGUGGCCAGAAAGGCCCCCAGAAACAACAGUCGGCAUCCGCACCGUACAACAGCAUGAAGCAGCAGCAGCAGCAGCAACAGCAACAACAACAGCAGCAACAAUCCGCUUCCCUCUUUUCCCAUCCACCAAGCUACAACCAGUCGGUGAGUGGACGUGGCAGCAGCGGUGGCAGUGCAUCGAAUCUUGCCUCGACCGAAGCGGCCCCGGGCAGCAGCAGUCACCAGCUGAAGGCGACACACUCUCAAUCCGGUGGCGCCGGCGGGGCUUCCGGGCUCGAUUCGUCGUUCCGGUUGCUCGACGAUUCGAUCGGACGGUUGAACGAUCAGAUGCAAAUGUGUACACCGCCGAAACAGAGCAAACCGUCGUCGAUUUUCAGCCCCGAUUGGAAGGAUUCACAGAACGAAGGAAUGGUCCCGACCGGGGGCAACAGUAAAUCACGCUCCGCCGCCGGUCAUUACGGUGCCGGUGGCGAACGAUUGCUGAAACCACCGAAGGGGUCGCCAGGUAGCAAGAAGCAGCAGCAGCAACAGUUGCAACAGCAGCACCAGCACCACCACCAGCACCAGCAGCAACAUGGCGCAAUGAACGCUUCGAUUGGCUCGGUUGGUGGGAUGGCAGGAUCUCAGGGAGCACGAUCGGAGACAACGAAGAAGGAGCGCCGGUCGGAGGCACCUUCGGGAGGCAACAAACAUCCGUCAUUUGUCGACAAGAAAGGGCUUCAGGGUGGACCGUCGAUGCCGGGCAGUAAUCACUCCAGCGGCAGCCUAAAACGGGCACUCGAUGGUAAUACGCUCGGAGCGCACUUUCCCCCGACUGCGAUGAACAUGGAUCCCUCGAUGAUGGCCGCUGGUGCCGAGCACAGCAAAGCGCCAUCCGCGCCGACCAAGCGCCCCCAUUCCGGGGCAAACGAGCAGAUCCGGCAGGACGAUGGUACCGAUUUCCGGGAGCAGAAGGUCCGCAAAAUGGAGUCCGUGCAGGCGACCACUGCCGCCUUCCUGGCGUCGUCGGCGUCACCCUCGGAUCACCUGUUCAACUCCUCGUUCGAUCUGGCCAGCACGUUCGAUAAGAUGGACACGUCGUCGUUGUUUAGCUUCAACGAUCCGGGCUCGCUGCUGUCGCAACCGCUGCUGAGUGACUCGAAACCAUCAACGCUGGCCAAGAGUGGUGCACUUUAUAGCGGGGCCAUCAACGGGAUCGAGACGAAUCCGGCGCUCGUGAGCAGUCUGUUGAAGGAAAGUUUGUUCAACGAAACGCCCAAGUUUGGCUCGUUGUACGAUGCCGGAGGAGGAGGAGGAGGUCCUCCGGGCACCGGCGAAGCGGCACCAACGGUGAGUCAAAUGGACUCGAAAUCGGCCCCCGAGAGUGGCUUGAUGCUGCAGGGCGGAACGGCGGGUAUGCACGAUCCUGCUGGAGGUCCACCUUCUUCCUUCCCGUGGGUGGCAGCGAACGUAGCGGUCCCCCCCGGGGACACACCGGCAACGGCCAGCGUGCCACCGACGUCAACGCUACCACUCGUUGUCGCUGAAACGCCGGUGGCGACCACGGCGUCGACGGCGGCUUCUCCCUCGGACGAUACCGACCAAGGUGGGCAUCGGUCGAAGGGGGAGAAGAAAAAGAAGAAGGAAAAGCACAAGCACAAGGAAAAGGACAAGACGAAAGAUCGCGAUCGGGAGGAGAAGAAGAAGCACAAAAAAGACAAAGAUAAGCAUCGCGAUCGUGAGCACCGCGAUCGCGAGCAGGGAGGGCUGGCGCCGGAUGGUGGCAGUGCCGAGGGCAGUGUGGUCGGCAGCGUUCACCCGGAGCCUCCACCGGGGCCGAUCAAGAUCAAGCUCAAUCGAUCGAUGGUAGAAGGCGCCGCAGGCGCUGGCGGUGCUGCCGGUCCUACCAUCGGCCACGCGGGUAAUGCAUCGUCCGGUGCCGACGGGUUAAAGAUUAAAAUUCCAAAAGAUCGUCUUUCCGGUGCGUCCUCACUGCCAGCGUCCACCAUCGGUGCCCCCGGUACGGCGCCGUCCGGUGGGUCUGCGUCGUUGAAGUUGAAAAUCUCUAAGGAUAAGAUUGAACACUACAACAUCAGUGCCAGCGAGGGGUCGGUUGGUGCACCGGGUGUUGCCGGUGGCAGCGUGUAUGGUGCGGGUUCCGGUAUUCCCAUGCCGGUCGCAGGAGGCCCCGUUGGUGGUGUGCCCCAUCUGGUGGCACCAGGUGGCGUUCCGUUAGCGGUAGCGGGAGCAUCCGGUAGUGGCAAGAAGAAGGAUAAAGAUCGCGACAAGGAUCGUAAAUCAAAAGCGGACCAUGGCAGUCGACAGAACGGCAGUGGAACAUCCGGUGGCGGCAACCUUUCUGGCAGCAACGGUGGAAAAUCUUCUCACAAGACUUUUACGAACGUUCAGCAGCAGCAACAGCAACAGCCAUAUGCCAUGCUCAACGCAAACCAAACGGUGACGUCGGUCCCAGCAUCACUGGUUGGUGGUAUGCACGGCUAUCAUCAUUCCGCACCCGGUUUUGAGUAUAUGCAACAGCCACAUCAGUCACUGAGUGCACUCCAGCAGCAACAGCAACAGCAACAGCAGCAACAACAACAGACACAACAGCAGCAACAGCAACAGCAACAGCAACAAUACUACUCCCAGUACGGACAGUAUGGCUCGCAGCAGCAGCAGCAGCAGCAGCAACAGUAUCAGCAGUUUAUGAACUCGACACCCGGUGUCGGUGCUGGUAAGCUUCCCGGGCAGCAACCGGGACCGGGUAUGCAAGUACCGUCGCAGCAUCCAUCGUACUAUUACGGUGGCGGAGGGCAGGGUGGUGCAGCGGCACCCACCAGCCAGCAGCAGAGCGGCAAAAAGUAGGCAGCCACACGAAAUGCACACGUACACAGUUUGGUGUCUGUGUGUGCUGCUCACUAUUCCGGGUGGUGAUCGGAUUUCUUUUUUUUUGGGGCACUAUACUAGGCCUCCACACGAAACCGAACACCUUCAUUACUGACACCCCUUGUUGGUGGGAAUUUCGUUUACUUAAACCCUAACUGUUGCGAUUUUAUGACCCUACUAUUGCUAUUUUAGGUUUCGUUUUUCUUCUUUCAAUCUAGACCCGUCAAGUUGCCGGCUUCCGAUUUAAUUUGUAGCAAAUAAUGACAACUCAUUUAUCUUUAUAAAACAAAACACACAAAAAAUGUUGAUCGGCCAUUUGUUUUCAAUACAAAAAAAAUCGGCUAAAAGUUGUUCGGCCCUUAGGAUACGCCUCAAUUGCCAACCAAUUUACUCAACUAACAAUCGGAUUCGACGGCCGCCACGGCAGCCUGUCCCCCCCGGGAUCGGAUGCCAUUGUUGCUGCAAGAUUGGUUUCCCUGCAUUUGUUACGUUAGAGGCUUCAUAUAGGGCACACUUCGUAGGGGUUCUAGCCUAUAAGCGCACCGUUCCCGCCGGAGCCUUGAGGAUGCUGGACUGUUCCUGGGUAGGAAAUCUAAUAAAACGCAAUCCAAAAUCUGUAAAUGGUUGCCAAUAGUUUUCGACAAAAGCUAUGCGACAGAGCUAUGCGACAGAGCUAUGCGGGAUCGAACGAUCGUAGAAUACUAAUCGCUGCCGGAACGAUCUGGUACUGUGUAUCUAAACACUGGCUACUCAAUGCGGAUCGCCGGCAAAGAGCGAUGCAAAAGAAACAUCCCAAACGGAAGGAGGUGUCCGAUGGCCGAUAUUAUGGGUCAAUAUUAGAAAACUUCUUAGAAGUAUAACUUUCUUUCCUAUGAAUGGCCGUCGGUAAAGAAUUGUCUUAAAAGAAGCGAGCAACAAGAGGACGAAAUAGAUACAAAAUGGAACACAAAAACAAACUUAAUCCUAGAGCAGAGUUAGUAAACGUAAACGAUAGGAAAAAUAUUGGAGUCGUCCGAACGGACGGGAGUGGAUGUGUGUACAUAUAUAAGCGCAUUUGGCCACAACAACUGCAAAGCAAUUAUCUUAGCCUUCCCGACGGUCUCGAGGGAGAUUUCUGUACUGUGCUUCGGGCUUAAGGAGAGUGUCGCUGCGGUUGCGGAGUGACAACAGGGCUAUCGAACAUACGAUCGCCAGCUUGAUGAGGGCUUACGGCCUCCGCGGGUUAGCACAACAACAGCAACAUUUAUCGUUUGCUGAAGGACUUGGUGUGUACCUCUUUACCAAAACGGGGGUCCGAAAUUGAAGCUGGAACUAAUAGUACUACAACGUUGAAAUACGGAAGGGUGGCACGUCGCGCAAACUGCCGAUUGCCGCCGGAUAAACAAAUGAUGAGCAUUAAUAAAAAAAAACAAACAAACAAAACUCCUUGCUUCCUUUCGCACAGGAAUGCACUCACUGAACCUAUUACUGCUAAAAGCUAUUCGUGUAAUUUAACGUCAUACCCAAAAAUAUCACGCAAGUAUGCAUUAAAAAGGAGAACAACACAAAGAGGUAUAUCUACAAAUUUGAAUUUGGCAAAAUCGAAUGUAUAAUCCCACUUAUAAAUCAAUUGAUAACGAAAGAGCAUAAGCAGCAGUAAUGUGGUUUGGCACUGACUAAAUGUGCAAACAAACAAGCAAAAAAAAGCCCGUAAAUAUGUCUUCGAUGCUACGCAGCACCUGCGCCGUCGCUUGCGGGCCGUUUCCGUUUUGCUCCGUGCGAGAUCAACGAUCAGCACUUUACAGGCAGCGCAAACGAACGCAUUCGAAAACAUGGAUUUUGUUUUAAACUCAACUAAUAGCCGCCAUUGGAGAUAAUCGAUGGUUUCCGUUACGAUUCUGAUCUUACGAAGGCUUGCGCGCAGGUUGUCCGUGUGGUGUGGUGCGUAGCAUAAUGGGCGUAAUAUUGAGUAAAGCUUAAAAAAUUGACAAAAAGGAAAAAAAAAACGUUCACAAAUUGUAUGCUGUACACUCUUGUUGAAACGAAAAAAACAACAAAUCUACACAAAACACUUGAACCGAUAAGUCUGAAUUAGAGGGAAACUGUAGUAGACGAAAUGGGUCAUAAGAACUCGGAUGCGAGGCACUAGUUAGUCCAUGAGAGUGAGAGCAAAGCAGUUAGUAAGGAGUUCGUACUAAGGCGCGACGAUGGUGAGCGGAGUGUGAAGCGGAUAAUCGAUACUAUAAUAAGUUUUUCCUGUUGUUGAAGCAAAACACACCGAACUUGUUUUGUUCCGUGCCAGAGCCAGAGCAGAUGAGUGCGUCAGUGGAUGCAGUGUCUUUCCUUAAACCCUUAAAUCGAACCUUUCACACCCUUCUAUAUUAGUGCAUUGCGGGACUCUGUACCACGAUCCUCGAUCACUUCUGCUUGUAGCGAUUACGUUAACCUGCAGCGAGAUUCGGGAAAAGCAGAACCAUUGGGGACAAAGUAGUGUAACCCACAAAUAAUCGAAUGAUUGGUGUAUAUCUUGUUUGUCUAGAAAGCAGUCGAAGGGCAAUCAGAAACGGAAGAUAGUCCUGGCGGCACUUGGGAGAAAGAUCGACGAAAGUGGCGGGAAUAAAAAUUGACACACGGAUGCUGCAUACCCCGAAUUCCUGGUGUACAUUUGUUAGCCUAAAGACUGCGGUCGUAUGAAAUCAAUAUUUACCUUAUUUAUACCUUAACUAUCUUUACGUCUAUAUAAGGUUAUCUUUACGUUGGUAUUCAUUAAGUUUAAAUAAAGGUAACAGAGGCCCCGACGACCUGGAACAACGAA